ACCUGAAUAACAAUUUGACAACUGAGUUUACUCUUCGCUGACAUUCGCAUUUUCACAAACACUUUCCGCGCAUUUUCGUCUGACUCCAUGGCCACCGCGAACUCCCUCCUCUCGCUCCUCGACGACAGCGUAAUCGCGGCCCCGUCGUGGCGGAUCCGCUCCUCGCAGCGAAGGAGAGGCGGCAGCGCGGCGGUGGUGAUGAUGCGGCGGCGGCAGCGAAGCGACGUGAGGAGGAAAGUGAGGACGCUGAAGAAACUGAUUCCGAACUGCGAAUCGAUGGGAGUGGAGGGGCUGUUCAAGGAGACAGCGGAGUAUAUAGCGGCGCUGCAGAGGAGAGUGAAAGUGAUGCAGACGGUGGUGGAUGCGUUGGCGACGCCUUCAGAUGAUGAAUAAUUUAUGAGGUUUUACAAUUGUAAAAAAAAAAAAAAAAGAGGAUGAUUAUA